AUGGAGAUUUAUUGUGGGGGAAAAAAUUAUCUUACAGCAGCCAUCGAUGUUUUUUUCCCCCUUAUUUGCAUAGCAUGUCUUGAUCCAAAAAGUUCUUUCUCUCAAUUCAAUGUGCAGAAACUACUCCGUCUUGCUGAUUUAUAUCCUGAAAACUUCUCAAGUAACGAUUAUUUAUAUCUUGAGUCUCAACUUCGAAAUUAUAUUUAUAAUGUGCAACGCGAUCCUCAAUUUUCAGAAGUUGGAGAUUUGGGAAGUCUUGCUCAACAAAUGGUUAAAACUGGUAAAAAUACAGUUUUUCCAUUGGUUUAUCGUCUGAUCCAGUUGGCAUUAGUUCUACCAGUUGCGACUGCUUCUGUUGAAAGAGUAUUUUCUGCAAUGAAUAUUGUCAAGACUGAUUUGCGCAACAAAAUGGGAGACGAGUGGAUGAAUGACUGUCUGGUUGUAUACAUCGAGAAGGAUAUUUUUGCAACAAUUGAAAAUGAGCAAAUAUUGCAGCGUUUUCAACGGAUGAAGACUUGCAGAAUGCAAUUGCCUCCUCUUCGUUAUUCGAGUGCAACAACUACCAAUACUUCAAAUGUUAAUCAAUAA